AUGGCUUCCGCAAACAAUGAUCGUGUAUUUAAAGAUGGUGGUAGUAGUAACAAGCCUCCUUUGUUUUCCGGUCAAUAUUUUGACUUUUGGAAAAUCCGUAUGAAGGCACAUUUAGAAGCACAAGGAAGUGACAUAUGGGAGGCGGUUCAAAAUGGCCCUUUUAUUCCUACAACGGUUGUCAACGGUGCUAGUUCGACAAAGCCACAAGGAUCAUGGGAUGAUGAUGAUAAGAAAAGGGUUCUCUAUGAUAAAAAGGCGAUUAAUAUUUUACAAAGUGCACUUGGAAUGGAUGAAUUUUUCCGCGUCUCAACAUGUACAACGACAAAGGAAAUAUGGGAUACUCUUGUAGAAACUCACGAAGGAACGGCCGAAGUCAAGAGAUCUAGAUUGAACACGUUAAGUCAAGAGUACGAGUUAUUCCGAAUGCAACCGGGAGAAUCAAUCCUCGACUUGCAAAAAAGAUUCGUGCAUUUGACAAAUCACUUGAAAGCACUUGGUAAGACACUAACUAAUGAUGAACUUAAUCUUAAAGUGCUUAGGUCUUUAACAAGAGAAUGGCAACCCAAAGUGACGGCGAUUUCCGAAAAGAAAAGUUUAUCAACAAUGACAUUCGCUACUUUAUUCGGAAAGCUUCAAGAAUAUGAGACGGAACUUGGACUAUUGGAGAAACAUGAGGUCCAAGAGAAGAAAUCCAAGAGCAUUGCCUUAAAAGUUGAUUCCAAAGUUGUGAAGAAAGAAGACAAUCCCGAAGAGGACGAAAACUUUAUGCUUCUUAACAAAGAAAGAGAAGCAUCAACAUCCAAUGAAGACAUUACAUGCUAUGAAUGUGGAAAACAAGGCCACAUCAAACCGGAAUGUCCCAAACUCGCAAAGAAUCGUGACAACAAAGGAAAGAAGGAUUACAAUAAGAAGGCCUACAUUGCUUGGGAUGACAAUGAAAUAAGUUCUUCAUCGGAUUCCGAUAGUGAUCAAAGCGCAAAUCUAGCAUUGAUGGCAUCACAUCAUUCCGACGAUGAAGACGAUGAGGUUAGUAGUAACUUUUCAAUUUUUGAUAAUGAUGCUCAAGGAGCAAUUGAUGAACUUUUAAGUGAAUGCAAAAUUCUAUACAAAACCAUUUCAUCUCAAAAGAAUCAAAUAUCAACUUUGGAAGAAAAUAUUGAGAAAAUGAAAAAUAAUCUCAAAGAUGAAAAGGAAGAAUUAAUCAAGAAUUUUGCAUGCACUAAAUGUGAGUCACUUGCUUUUCAAAUAGUUCAAUUGAAGAGAGUUAUUGAAAGAUAUGAAAAAGGUCAAAUCGGAUUGGAACAUGUUCUUAGUAGUCAAAAAUACUCAAAUGAUAAAAGUGGUUUAGGUUAUUCAAAUUUUGCUAAACAAACUUCUAACAAGACCAUUUUUGUAAAAGCUAAAGAACAAAUUCCUUUAGAUAAAAGUAACAAGCCUAAAGUGGUUCAUCAAUAUAAUAAUAGGAAAAGGAACAAAUCUUAUUAUAAAAAGAAAUCUUAUUCCCCUAGAUAUAAAAUCAACUUUGAGCCUACAUGUUUCUAUUGUGGUAUUAAAGGUCAUACUCCUAAUGCAUGUUAUGUUAGAAACUUUAGUGUUGCUCAAGACCACUAUGUAUGGCUUAAGAAAGGAACUAACUUUGAAGGACCCAAAGCAAUUUGGGUACCUAAUAAAACUUAA